UCAAGUCAAAAACAACUUGCAAAAAUGAUCAGCAUUAUCGAAAGCGAACCAGACUUCCAGACCAGAUCCAAGUUCAAAGGCAACCAAUCCUCGUUUUGGAGAAAAUUAGCAAGAGAGCUGAAUGCGCUUGGACCACCAUCCAGAGAUCCAACGGCAUGGAAAAAGGCAUGGAUUGAUUAUAAAUUUGGAGCGAGAAAACGGCUGGCUCAGCGCGAAAAACAAAUUGCAUCAGGUGCAGUACCGAGGCCACUCACAUCCUUAGAAAGGAAACUUUCGCAUCUAUUAGAUAUAGAUAUCAUGAAAAUUACCACACUAGAAGAAAAUCAGUCUUAUGUGGAUAAUGGGAAAAGAAGCAAGGCAGAUUAUUUUGAAAAAGUACUAGAUGUCAACCGAUCGCUCGUUGCCGCUACAAAUAUGUCAUUAAAUUUACAAAACGAAUUGAUCACCGAGCUCCGCGGGAUGAAACAAUCAAAUGAACAAAUAAUUGCUUCAUGUGCGGAAGUCAAUGCGAAUUUAAAAAGUAUGACCGCAACCCUGCAAGAGUUGGUGGCUGUGCUCAAAAGCAAGUAA